AUGUAUAAUUUUCAUUUUGUAGUCAAUCCUAAAGAAAAAAUACACUUUUCAAACCAAAAAGCAUAGAUUCAAAUUCAAAACAUAACUAGACGUCAUUUAGCAUUUAAAGUAUUCUAUUUUGUAAUUAUAGUUACUUAGAUAAGAACAACAAACAAUUAAGAUUUUAAAGUGAUUGAAAAUAAA